AUGGCCGCCAAGCCUCCUUCCUUCUCCCCCUCUCGCACCACUUGCGCCUCUCUCCUUCGAGAAUUGCAGAUGAUAUGGGAUGAGAUUGGGGAGAGUGACAAUGAUAGAGACAACAUGCUUCUUCAACUGGAGCAAGAUUGCCUUGACAUUUAUCACCGCAGAGUUGAGGAGACGAGGAAGCACAAGGCUGAUAUGUAUCAGUGGUUGGCUGACGCUGAAGCUCAAGCAGCCAAUAUCGUUUCUUCCCUUGGGGAAAGUACCGUGCUCCCACGGACAUUGAAUAUCAACUACAUGGCUUUCCAUGUUGUUGAGAUAGAAAGACCACGUGGGAAGGGAACCCUGAAGCAGCAAAUAGCUACCAUGAGACCUAUCUUAGAGGAUUUGAGGUCAAAGAAGGAUGACAGAAUCAAGGAAUUUUUGAAGAUAAAGUCCCAAAUUUCUCAGAUAUGUGAUGAAAUAGCAGGUUGUGGGCAGUACAAAAGUGUCACGGAAUCAGAUGUUAAUCAAAGUGAUCUAACAGCAAAGAAAUUGGGGGAACUCAAGUCACAUCUACAGGAGCUUCAGAAUGAAAAGAUCUUGCGCCAGCAGAAAGUGAAGAGUCACAUCAGUACUAUUAGUGAGCUUACAGUAGUAAUGUCAAUUGAUUUUGGGAAGACAUUAAAUGAAAUUCACCCAAGCCUGGGCGAUUCAUUGAAAGGUACACUACAGAGCAUCAGCAAUGACACUCUUGCCAGAUUAACCGGGGUUAUUCAUUCAUUAAAGAGGGAGAAGCAACAAAGGCUACAAAAGAUACAAGAGCUUGGUAAAUCGCUGGUAGAUCUAUGGGAUCUCAUGGAGACACCAACUGAAGAGCAAAAGGCCUUUAGCCAUAUUACUAGAUUAAUUUCAGCAUCAGUGGAUGAAGUGGCAACACAUGGUUGCCUUUCUGCAGAAGUCAUUGAGCAGGUUGAAGGUGAAGUCCUGCGCUUAAAUGUUGUGAAAGCUAGUAAAAUGAAGGAUUUAGUGUUUAAGAGGCAGAAUGAGCUUGAAGAAAUUUACAGAGGGGUUCACAUGGAUGUCGAAAGUGAAUCUGCAAGACAGAUUUUGACUGGCCUCAUUGAAUCCGGUAAUAUCGAUCUCUCUGAUUUGCUUCAAAGUAUGGAUGAUAAAAUAAGACAAGCCAAAGAGCAAGCUCUAAGCAGACGAGAUAUCUUAGAUAGGACAGAGAAAUGGAAAUUUGCAGCUGAGGAGGAAAAGUGGUUAGAUGAAUAUGAAAGGGAUGAAAAUCGAUAUAGUGCGGUAAGAGGAGCACACAAAAAUUUGAAGCGCGCCGAGAAAGCUCGGAUUCUUGUCAGCAAGAUACCAUCUAUGGUUGAGAAUUUGACUGCAAAAGUAAAAGUGUGGGAAAUGGAAAAAGGAAUAUCUUUCUUAUAUGAAAAGGUUCCAUUAUUAAAUAGAUUAGAUGAAUAUACUAUACAUCGGCAACUGAGAGAAGAAGAGAAGCGAAAAAAUCGGGAGCAGAAGCGGCUACAGGAACAAGCAGCUGUAGAGCAAGAGGCACUUUUUGGUUCAAGGUCUGCAACGAAGAAGCCUCUGGGUCAGAGCAACAAUGCCAACACCAUAGCAGGGACACCAACCGGACGGCGACUGCUUGGGCCUUCCGGCCGCCAUGGAACCUCAGCAGGAAAGGAACGCAGAGAAAGUGGGAGAAUGAACAGCAUAAUUCCAGUGAACUAUGUUGCUCUUCCAAAAGAUGAUUCUGUUUCUAGGGGCAAUUGA